GUUGACGCUGCCUUGGGGCGUCGGUCGUUGAUCAGGCGGGUUAAUUUCGCAAUGCGGGGUUGGGGCUCUAGGGAUCUAGGCGCUGCAAACCGCAGCGGAAGCCCUAGCGCGUCGCGGCCCAGGGAAUCCAGGAGACAGGACCGAGGGCGAAUGUCCCGGGGUGUCAAGGUGGCCCUGGCCUCUCACCCAUUCCCCGCUGUAGGUUCCCCUUGAAGGGGUUGAAGACACAGGGCUCAGAGGCUAAAGAUGAGGAUGAAGGUGGCAGUUGGGGAGAGAUCUCUCCAACACAUAGGCCCUAGGUAGGCUGUGUCACAGUGUCACAGCACCAUGGAAUUAAAGACAGCAGAUUGUAAGGAGGGCUUUGACUUGUCAUCUUUUGGAGUAUGGUUUUAGGUGUCUUGAGUCUGACGCACAAUUGAUGUCAUCCUGAUUGGAUACAUUCACUGGAAAUCUUUGGAAAUGAAAAUGCGUGCAAGAUGCUGAAGAUGCUGCAGCCCAAUGUCACAAGUUUCCAGUGUUGGCAAGAUGAAGCGAUUUUUAUUUAACUAGUGUGGACACUGGGCUUACUUUGAUCAUUUUAGAAGACAGUAGGGCAGGGAGCGCCUUCAGAGGCCUUCCAAGGACAUAGGUUUUUACUCUUUCUCCCUUUGCCUCAUACCAUGUCCACCAAUGAGAAUGCUAAUUCACCAGCUGCCCGGCUUAACAGAUUCAAGAACAAGGGAAAAGACAGUACAGAAAUGAGGCGGCGCCGAAUAGAAGUUAAUGUGGAGCUGAGGAAAGCUAAGAAGGAUGACCAGAUGCUGAAAAGGAGAAAUGUAAGCUCCUUUCCUGAUGAUGCGACUUCACCACUACAGGAAAACCGCAACAAUCAGGGCACUGUGAAUUGGUCUGUUGAUGACAUUGUCAAAGGCAUAAAUAGCAACAAUUUGGAAAGCCAACUCCAAGCUACUCAAGCUGCUAGGAAAUUGCUUUCUCGGGAAAAACAGCCCCCCAUAGAUAACAUAAUUCGGGCUGGUUUGAUUCCAAAAUUUGUGUCCUUCUUAGGCAGAACUGAUUGUAGUCCUAUUCAGUUUGAGUCUGCUUGGGCACUCACUAACAUUGCUUCUGGGACAUCAGAACAGACCAAGGCAGUGGUGGAUGGAGGUGCUAUCCCAGCGUUUAUUUCUCUCUUGGCAUCUCCCCAUGCUCACAUCAGUGAACAAGCUGUAUGGGCUCUAGGAAACAUUGCAGGUGAUGGUUCAGUUUUCCGAGACUUGGUUAUUAAAUAUGGUGCAGUGGACCCACUGUUGGCUCUUCUUGCAGUUCCUGAUAUGUCAACUUUAGCAUGUGGUUACUUACGUAAUCUUACCUGGACACUUUCAAAUCUUUGUCGCAACAAGAAUCCUGCACCCCCAUUAGAUGCUGUUGAGCAAAUUCUUCCCACUUUAGUUCGCCUUCUGCAUCAUGAUGAUCCAGAAGUAUUAGCAGAUACCUGCUGGGCUAUUUCCUACCUUACUGAUGGUCCAAAUGAACGCAUUGAAAUGGUUGUGAAAACAGGAGUUGUGCCCCAACUUGUGAAGCUUCUGGGAGCUUCUGAAUUGCCAAUUGUGACUCCCGCUCUCCGAGCCAUAGGGAAUAUUGUGACUGGAACAGAUGAACAAACUCAGGUUGUGAUAGAUGCAGGUGCACUUGCUGUCUUUCCCAGCCUGCUGACUAACCCCAAAACUAAUAUUCAGAAGGAAGCUACGUGGACAAUGUCAAACAUCACAGCUGGCCGGCAGGACCAGAUACAGCAAGUCGUCAAUCAUGGAUUAGUCCCAUUCCUUGUUGGUGUUCUCUCUAAGGCAGAUUUUAAGACACAGAAGGAAGCUGUAUGGGCUGUGACCAAUUAUACAAGCGGUGGGACAGUUGAACAGAUCGUAUAUCUUGUUCAUUGUGGCAUAAUAGAACCAUUGAUGAACCUCUUAACUGCGAAAGAUAGCAAAAUUAUUCUGGUUAUUCUGGAUGCCAUUUCAAAUAUCUUUCAGGCUGCUGAGAAACUAGGUGAAACUGAGAAAUUGAGUAUAAUGAUUGAAGAAUGUGGAGGCUUGGACAAAAUUGAAGCUCUACAGAACCAUGAAAAUGAGUCUGUGUACAAGGCCUCCUUAAACUUGAUUGAGAAGUAUUUUUCAGUAGAGGAAGAAGAAGAUCAAAAUGUUGUGCCAGAAACUACCUCUGAAGGCUAUACCUUUCAAGUUCAGGAUGGGACUCCAGGGACCUUUAACUUCUAGGCUGUACAGCUGAGGCAUAGUUUGUUGUGUACUAUGUUCGGUAUAAGUUUGUCUUACUGUUUCUCUACUAAGAGCUCUUUUUAAAUGUGGUUUGUUAUUGUAGCACUUUUUACAACAAAACUAUACUUGAACAGUUCCAAACUGUACAUACUGUAUGAAACUUGUCCUCUAAAUGGGUUUCUUAUUUCUAUGUGGAAUUUCAUAUCUUACAGUGUCCUGUAAAUAAAGAUUAAAUUCCACCCUUUUCUUUACUUCA